AUGAAACUCCCGACCAGGCGCCUCCGCGGCGCGCUGCUCGCGUGCGCCGCCGCCGCCGUGCUCUUGGCCGCGGCCCUGGCCGCCGUGACGCUGGCCGUGUACCGCGUCCGCGAACCCGUGAUGACGAUGAACGCCAUCGCCCUCAAGGACCUGGACGCGGCGUCGUGGGCGGCGCGGCGGCUGACCAUGGUGGUGGACGUGUCGGUGACGAACCCGAACGCGGCGUCGCUGCGGUACCGGCCCAGCGAGACGCGGGUGUACUACCGGUCGCGGCGGGUCGGCGAGGCCGUCGGGCCACCAGGCAUGGCGCACGCGCGUGGCACCGUGCGGCUGAACGUCACCGUCGGCGUGUCCGUCGGCGCGCUGCUGGACGACCCGGGGUUCCUGGCCGACGUCUCGGCCGGAGCGGUGGAGGUGGCCACGUCCACGCGGGUGCGCGGCCGCGUCGCCGCGCUAGGCGGCUUCGUCGUGCGCCGGUGUGUCCUGCUCGAGAUGAACUGCACCGCCACCGUCGCCGUCGCGGACAUGUCCAUCCGGACCCAGAGCUGCCUGCAGCGCGUCUGGCUGUGA